CUUUAUUGAGCCAAUGGAAAACUUCGUUCCAUUUAAUUUUCAGUGCUAAACUCUCGCGAGAAUGAAAGAAUUCCGCGGGAAUUCGCCGGUUGAAAUAACAUCUGAUACAGGGUUGUCUUUGUUAUUAAAAUCGAUAAAAUUUCUAAUAAAGAGAAAUGCCACCAAAGAAAAGGAAUCCAGAUAGUAAAACUAAUUCUCAAGCAAAACGUAAGAAGAGGAAAAAUGAUGACAUGGAUGACUUUGAUGAAGACUCCGGUGGAGAAAUGGACAACAACACAAACAAUGGCACGGAAACAGAUGAAACAUACGAUGUUACUCUUGAGGGAUCAAUGCUGAAUGGGGAACUGCUGAUUGGUGGGGGGACGAACUGGGACCUAGUUGGAAGAAAAACACUACCAAAGGGAGCUAAGAAUGUAGGUGGCCCCAAUCUUUGGCGUCCACACAGAAUGUGCAAUUUGCUGGGAGUCAAAGUUAGAUCUGUUAUAUCCGGAUGCACAGCAUGUCACAGCGUCAUCAUCACGGCCGAGGGAAAGGCAAUGACAUUUGGUAGAAAUGACAAUGGCCAACUUGGACAAGGGGACACCAACAGAAAAGACCUUCCCACAGAAGUACCCCUCCUGCAGGGUCUCAAUAUUGUAGAUGCAUGUUGUGGCAAAAAUCAUACUUUGUUUCUUACAGACAAAGGUCAUGUGUAUGCAUGUGGAGAUAACAAAAUGGGUCAGCUUGGACUUGGUCAUCAGAGCAGCACCAUCCUUGUUCCAACAAAGAUAUCAUACAAAGGUCCUCCUAUCAGGAAAGUAGCAGCCGGUGGAGAAUUUUCCAUGAUUGCAGAUAUAAGAGGAAAUUUAUACUCCUUUGGGUGUCCUGAAUAUGGUCAAUUAGGUCACAACACAGAUGGGAAGUACUUUGUAACCAGCAACAAAAUGUCAUUUCGUUGUGAGACACGACCUCGGAAGGUCAAUGUCUUUAUAGAGAAGGCUAGGGAUGGCCACAUUUUACCCAUAACAGACGUGGAAGUUAGAGAGCUGGUGUGUGGGGCAAAUCACACUGCAGUGGUAGAUUCUAAGAAGAGGGUGUUCACAUGGGGCUUUGGGGGAUAUGGUCGGCUUGGACAUGCAGAACCAAAGGAUGAAAUGGUUCCACGUCAUCUAAAGUUUUUUGAUGGUCCCAACAGAGGAGCAACCCAGAUACAUUCUGGUUCAACAUUCACUUUGGCUACCAAUGAAUUUGGAGCACUGUACAUGUGGGGGAUAAAUAAGCCUGUAGGAGAGGCAGCCAUGUACCCCAAACUAGUUCAGGACCUCAGUGGCUGGAGAAUCAGAAGUGUGGGGUGCUGCAAUAAAAGCAUUUUGGUAGCAGCUGAUGAGAGUUUAAUAUCCUGGGGACCAAGCCCAACUUAUGGUGAACUGUGCUAUGGGGAAGACAAAGCUAAGUCCUCGACAACACCACAAGAAGUUAAAACCUUGUAUGGUGGAUAUGUACAAGCCGUUGGCUGUGGAUAUGGACAUGCCCUCCUUAUUGUCAGGUCUGAUUCUGAGGAGGACAAAGAGAAGAUAGAGAAAAUUAAUGUGUUUAAGCCAUAAAUGGCCAAAAGCAAAUCUUUGGGGAUAUCAUCAUCAUGUACUUGUAAAUCUUUAGUCACUGAACAAAACCAUUGAGUCAUAUUGAUAUUGACUGCACAUUUUUCUACCUCCUUUUGGUAUAGAAUAGACAAAACCCUGCAAUAAUCAUUAUUUUCAUGUUAUAGACAUGUCAAUCUGCGUAUUAUUGUUUCUUUAUGUUUGUUUUUAGGAUUUUACUCAGUAUUAAAUGAAAACUUGCUGAAGUAAUUGUACAGCAUAAAUGAAUAAAUAUACAUGUUCUUGCCUCUGUGCAUGUAUGUACAAUAAAUUGUAGAGAUCAAAUACAAUGGAAGAAGUUAUUUACUGUCUUAUUCAUAAAAUAUCUGCCAUAUUAUUAUCUCUGGCUAAUUGAGGUGUGGGUUACUACAAAGAAGAUUCUACAUCUCUGAAAAUUUUACGGUCAAAGAAAACUUUGAGGGACACUUUUAUUAAAUCUUGAUUUGUAUUAGGUAUGUUAUUACAUAUUUUUACAUGUACAUAUAGUAUAGUACAGGAAUGAGUAGGAUAUGGGCUUAAUUUGGCCUUGAGUGACCUUCAACUUUGAUGCAUGCAAAGAUUUCUGAUAUACAUGUAUGCUAUUUUUAGAAUUCUGAGAUUUUCAUUUUAUUUUACAACUUCUCUUGGAUUUUUAACUAUAGAUGAAUGAUUCAUGUUAGAUCACGAGAGAAAUAUCUCUAUUCUUGAAGUUUUAGAAAUAGAAAGCAUUUCAGUGACAUUUUCAGUCUAGAAUUUAUUAUGGGACGAUGGAAUUCUUUAUUUCUGACAUCAAAAUAGGUGAAAUGAUACAAAGUUGGUCAUACUGUCACACAGGAGUCGAAAUUGGGAAGAAAAAAACUUAUUUCACCUGAAAUUUUAUAAGUUUUAGUAACCAAAUUAGGCCCAUAUCAUACAUAUAUAGUUCUUUGUUAAUUGUAGAAAAUAGUGCUUGUUCUUUUUUCGGUAUUGAUUCCAAGCAAAUUCAUUUCAUAUUACAUUUAAUCUGCUGAUUUCUUGUGAAUGUCAUAGAAAAAGUCAGGGAAAUCAUACAUGUACAGUGUAUAAUGUUCAAGUCAUAAUAUUCUUUAUUGUCUUUGUUUUGUUUUUAAAUGUUUCUUGUUUGUAAGAUUGUGUUUAUGGUGAAGUAUUUGCCAUUAAUAAAAAUCCAGGACAAAACUACGCGUAUUGUCAUUUUGGGUAUGAAUCUUUGAUACGUUUGAAACUUUGGUAAAAAAAAAUUCUAUCCAAACUAAAGUUCUUAAGUAACCAGCACUCUUUUUCAACCACAGGUUAAUCGGAUGUUUUGCGAUAUAUUUUCUUUUCCGUCCAAUGGAUUUUUCCUCCUGCAUGUGAAUACACAAUGUCAAGACACAGGGUAUUGUAUGUAGAAAAAAGGUUUUGAAAUUUUUUUCUUUAAGAGUGUAUCAAGGAUAUUUUGAUGAAACCUCAUGUUUCGUUAAAGAAAAAUAAAAUUUAUUCAUCAUAUUUACAUUUUGUAGUUUGUGUUCAAGUACCACAUUGUUCAUUCAUGUGAAAUGUACAUGUAAUUCACCGAUUUACUGAAAACCUGGUGCACACAGUGCUUAUGUGACUGUCACUCUCCUUCAAUUAGCACAGCAGGAUUUUUGUAGAUGAUCAUCUUUGUACAGUCAGCAGUAUGUUAUUGUUGUGUCAGUGUGAACAAAUAUUGUACUUUAUUAAUAAAGAUGUAAUCUAAAUA